CUUUGAACCUCCCAUUAAUUCAUACUCGGCAGAAACAUGCACUUUUCCAUCAUCACACUUGCUGUUCUUUCGAUGAGCGUCGCCAAUGUCGUCGCGGUAACUCUCACCAUGCCACCACCAAUGCCAAAAGCAUUUCCCCCAGAUGAUGAGUCUCAGCCCAUCCCUGCAUCUUAUUUAACCGACCCUCUGGUGACAGAAGCUCUUGCCUACGUGGAAUCGGUGGUUCCCGCACAGUAUCUGCAAAUUCCACCCUCGACACACAAAGGAAUUUGUACAGCGACAUAUAAUGCCGAUGCUGCUGCAAAUUGUUACUGGCCUGCAAACUUGUGCACUCGAGACACCGACACGAAUGCUUUUACUGCAGACGUCUACCAGUGUCCUGGCCAGAACACUUGGGGAUUAACCUACGAUGAUGGUCCGAUCGUCAAUGUUGUGAACGGACAACAUGUGAAUGACACUGUAGCGUUGCGUAAUGCACUAGUCAAUCUCAAUGACCAAAAGGCCACCUUUUUUGUCGUCGGCUCAAUGGGAUCCAGUGCUCCGGACGAAAUCAAAGCAACUUUCGAUGCAGGUCACCACAUUGCCACUCAUACCUGGACCCACUGGACAAGCACCUCUCUCACAAACGCCCAGUUCGUUGCGGAAAUGAAGUAUACAGAAGCUCUCAUCUACAAAACAACGGGACAGGUUCCCCGCUUCUGGCGUCCACCUUGCGGAGACAUCGACGACCGCAUCCGUGCCAUUGCCUCGGCACUUGGGUAUCGGACAGUAUUGUGGGGUACCGCCCCCGACCGUGACUCUACCGACGCAGACGUGACCCCAUCUGCGGCCGCCCAUCAGACUGUAUUAAAAAAGAUCAAAUCCUGGUUCGUGCCUCAAGCAGGAUUCAUCUCCCUCGAACAUGACAUCUCUACAUUCACGGUGGGAGUCGCUCUUGCGGCCCUAUCCGCCAUCAAAGAUAUGGGCUCUAGCUUUCCGCUCAAAAUUACGGACGUCGGAACUUGUCUCAAUGAACCUUGGUAUCGGGAUAUUAGCGGGAGUACAUCCUCCCCUAUCCCGAACACGUCAUCCGUAGUAUCGCCCCCAUCGUCCACCCCAACAUCUGCUCCUAUUAGUACGGCUUCAGCGUCCUCGGUCGCACCAUCUGCAUCAUCGACAAUAUCUGCUUCUGCUUCUUCCACCGGGCCAAUUUCCACCAACCCUUCUAGCAUCACAUUGUCCACAACUUCCUCGACUGCUAGCCCAACAAGACAGAGCGAAAGCAUCAGUGGCUCAUAUCCAAGCGUGGAUGUGUUUAGGUCGUUCUCUUGGCUCUGGACGAUGAUUGCUGGUGCUGCUGUAGCUGUUUUUGUGUAAGUUGCGACAUUUCAGCCGUAGCAGGUCGCACGUGUGGGAUUAGGGGCCCGUAGACUAGCAUCAUUAUGAUAGGAUAUAUUGAUCCUAGAGUAGAUUUGUAUACGUUCUCCAUAUGUAUAUGCCGAAAUAUGCCAUACUACUGAAGUGAAAGGACUGUACCUCUAAUCGAUGGUUAAAGUAGAAC